UUGGAUGGUUUGUAAUUGGAUAAACAUUUCUAUUCGGUUCAAUCUUCAAAUUUAGUUAAAACCACUUCCAGAAUUUGUGUAAUUAGCGUCCAAUAAACUUAGACCACGUGAUAUUUUUGCAAAAUUUGCACAAGGAAUCGCCCAGCCUCUCAAAUUUAAUUCAACAAAACCGGCUUUCCCUCCUGAUAAAACAUUCCCUCAUGCCAGCACUGGCUCCUAUAAGCAGCCUUGUGGCUCUCCGAGGAGGUUUGGUCUUUGCAACCCCUCCAAAAUCAUGCGCGCCACCGGUUGCUUCUUCUUUCUUUUUCUCAUUUUCUUUUCUUCUUUUUCAUCGUAUUUUUCUCUGCCUCCCUCCAAUGCCGAAGCCUCUUUCAUUGCUCCUCGCCAGCUCUUUACUCUUCUUCGCGACGGUGACUUGCCCGAUAACUAUGUGUCUACCCUAAAUCUCAAUAUAUCAUUCCCUAAUCCCAGGCUUAAGGGCCCCUAUAUCGCUCUUCAAGCUUGGAAAGAAGCCAUCUAUUCAGAUCCUUUCAACACAACAAAAAAUUGGGUUGGUCCCGAUGUUUGUUCCUACAAUGGCGUAUUUUGUGCUCCUGCUCUUGACGACCCAAAUGUAAACGUUGUUGCCGGAAUUGAUCUCAACAAUGCUGACAUUUCCGGCCAUUUUCCUUCCGAAUUGGGUCUAUUAACUGAUCUUGCUCUCUUUCAUGUUAACUCUAAUAGGUUUUGUGGGAUCUUGCCCAAGAGUUUCUCCAAUCUCAAACUUCUCUUUGAGCUUGAUGUAAGUAAUAAUCGUUUGGUUGGCCCCUUUCCAGAAUGUGUUUUAUCCAUAUGCAGCCUUAGGUAUCUUGAUUUAAGAUACAACAAUUUUGAGGGUGAAUUACCAGACAAGGUUUUCGAAAAGGACUUUGACGCCAUUUUCUUGAAUAACAAUCGUUUCAUGUCCACCAUUCCUGAAACCCUAGGAUCAUCCAAAGCCUCAGUUAUCGUCUUUGCUAACAACAAUUUCACAGGCUGCAUUCCGAGCAGCAUCGGGAAAAUGAGUAGUACCUUGAACGAGAUCGUUUUUUCCAAUAACUUUCUUACAGGAUGUCUGCCGCCGGAAAUUGGAAUGCUCGCUAACCUGACGGUAUUUGACAUAGAGAACAAUUUAUUCACAGGUCCAUUGCCCAAGGCAUUGGCGGGGCUUGAGACGGUUGAGGAAUUAGCUAUUGCCCGUAAUAACUUAACAGGAUUCGUCGUUGAGGAACUUUGCAGUUUAAUAAGCUUGAAGAACUUUUCCUUCUCUCACAACUACUUCAAUGGGGAAGCUGAGGCUUGUGAACCACGAAAGAGGGGAGACAUUGACAUUGAUGAUUCUAAUAAUUGUUUACCAGACAAGACUAAUCAGAAAUCGGACAAGCAAUGCAAGGCCGUCGUUAGUCGUCCGGUUGAUUGUAGCAAAUCAAAAUGUGCCAAAUCGUCAUCAUCACCAAAUUUGAAACCUCAAACCCCAAGGGAACAACCAAUAGAGCCAGAAUCACCGGAGAAACGGUCACCACCACCACCUCCUCCGCUAGUUGAGUCUCCACCACCACCCCUGUCCUCUCCUCCACCACCGUCACCACCUUUGGUACAAUCUCCACCGCCGCCUUCUCGAUCGCUUCAGCCUCCUAGUGAUCCUUAUCCCGCCGCACCUCCAAUCUCAGAAAACGAUGUUGUGAUUCUCCCCCCAACUAUCGGCUUCCAGUAUGCGUCGCCGCCUCCACCAAUUUUCCCAGGAUACUAACUGCGGCGCGUGUCCGACCUAAUGUGCCCUGUCUCCAUGCACUUCAACAUGUAAUACGGAUUUCAUAAAAUACCUAACCACUACGCGUCCAAACAAUUGGCAACCACAGAGUAUUUUACAACGAGCUUAGGACCGUGCACUCUGUUGCUUUGUUUUUCUUUUUUUGUUUCUGCAAUUGAUGUCGGCGAAAAUAUCAAUCGUAAAGCCAUUUGUCAAAACUUUUCUUGGCACUUUCCCUUUCCAAUUAUU